UGUGGGGUGACUCGGCUCCAGAAGUCACUGAGCUCGACACGGUGUUCGUGCAACGCUGAUUGCCCAGCGUAAUUUCGGCGGGCCUUGCCUGGGGGGCUUUUGGGCGCAUUAGACCGAGAGGGGCCUGCACUUCUCUCCUACUUGCUCCCUAUACAAGGCCUGUUUUGCAGAUGUUUCUCCUUCCCCCUGGCCUGGCGGUCAGCUUGGGGGUAGGGGGCUUUCGUAGUGAGCCUCUCUAGUACUUCUGUCCGCCCAAAGUAGCGCUUUGGGCUGCCCGUCUUGGGCAUUCGUACCUCUUCACAUCAGGAGCCUCAAAGCUCUCUAGUCGGACAGCGCCUUGCCCUUAGAACUUGAGUUCUUGGGAGGUUAUGGAGACCGGAAUUCCAGACAUGGUUGCUGUGGUGUUGCUCUGGGAGAACACCUUGAUGGAUGAUUAGUACCUUUCAGUGAUGGGCUGUGGGACUAGCAAAGUACUUCCUGAGCCUCCCAAGGAUGUUCAUUUGGAUCUUGUUAAAAAGGUUGAGCCAUACACUGGUUAUAAAACUGACAUCUAUAAGCACUUCAUCAAGGGUGAUGGAGAUGCCAUCAAAUCUGCCAUCCCUUCUCCUCCACGUCACACCAACCCACAUGUGGAACAGGCGGAGCCCCGCAAGAAUAGAGUGGCAAAAUAUCGUGCCAAAUUUGAUUCCAGAGUGACAGCCAAGUAUGACAUCAAAGCCCUGAUUGGCCGAGGCAGUUUUAGCCGUGUAGUACGGGUGGAACACAAGGCUACCAAGCAGCCGUAUGCAAUCAAGUUGAUAGAGACCAAGUAUCGUGAGGGGAGGGAAGUGUGCGAGUCAGAGCUUUGUGUACUGCGUCGUGUGCGGCACACAAACAUUAUCCAGCUCAUUGAAGUGUUUGAGACUCAGGAGCGUGUCUAUAUGGUGAUGGAAUUGGCCACUGGAGGGGAGUUGUUUGACCGAAUCAUUGCCAAAGGUUCCUUCACAGAAAGAGAUGCCACCCGAGUGCUGCAGAUGGUAUUGGACGGGGUUAAAUACUUACAUACGUUGGGCAUAACUCACAGGGACUUAAAGCCAGAGAACUUGCUAUAUUACCACCCAGGCAUGGAUUCUAAAAUAAUGAUCACAGACUUUGGACUGGCAAGUGCUCGAAAGAAAGGAGAUGACUGUUUAAUGAAAACCACAUGUGGGACACCAGAGUAUAUUGCCCCAGAAAUCUUGGUCAGAAAGCCCUACACUAACUCUGUAGACAUGUGGGCACUCGGGGUGAUCUCGUACAUCCUACUGAGUGGGACAAUGCCUUUUGAAGAUGACAACCGCACCCGCUUGUAUCGGCAAAUUCUGAAAGGAAAGUACAGUUACUCAGGGGAGCCGUGGCCCAGUGUGUCCAAUCUUGCUAAGGAUUUCAUUGACCAUCUGCUCACAGUGGAUCCUAGUGACCGGAUGACAGCUCUUCAAGCCUUAAAGCACCCCUGGGUGGUUAGCAUGGCUGCCUCUUCUUCCAUGAAGAACCUGCACCGCUCCAUCUCCCAGAACCUCCUCAAGAGGGCCUCGUCUCGUUGCCAAAGCACCAAGUCAGCCCAGUCCACCCGCUCCAGCCGCUCCACCAAAUCCAACAAGUCCCGGCGGGUGAGGGAGCGGGAGUUGCGGGAGCUGAACUUGCGUUACCAGCAGCAGUACAACGCCUGACAAUUCAGCAGGAGGCUGCCCAGCUCGUUCUUUCUUUGUAAUCGGGACAUGUUCUGCACUGCGCUUACUAAGCGAGGGGGCCCCCCAAGCUCCAGCCCUCUUUCUUUCGAAGACCAAUCUCCCAUGUCCAUCUUCCUGCCUUGGGAGAUGGAGCUUUAGGGUUGCUGCUGCUCCUGGGAGCACAUCUCACCUGUAUAGUGUCAGUUACAGCAUUCGCUCCAAGAUGGGGGAUUGGGAAACUCUGCUUCUUGGCACAGCCCUGGAGAAAAGUCUAGAGUACAUUGCCUGACAUACUGGAGCCACAGGGAAGAGAAGAGGCCUUCCCCAACCCAAAACCUUUGCUACUCCUAUUUAUUGGCUCCCAAGUUGAUCAAAGCCAGCCUUUGUUGCCACAGGAUCUGGGGAUGGAUGGAUGGUUUAAGCUGGGGUAGCCAACAUGGUGCUGUCCCAGAUGUUGUUGAACUACAACUUCCACCAUCUCUUUCCAUUGGCCAUGCUGCCCGGGGCUGAUGGGAGUCACAGUCCAGCAAUAAAUGAAGAGCACCAUAUUGGAUACUCCUGAUUUAGACUCUUGAUUGAUGUCAGGAUUAUAGAACCCCGUGGCUCCACGAGUACAGAAAGGGAUUGCUAACUUUCCCUCUCAGCUGCAGCCUUGUUGCACUGCAGUAAAUGUUUCCGCAGAGGUUCUUGUAACACCCCCAUUGAGAAGUUCUUGUAACAUCCCCAUUGAGUUUUGCGGGGGACCUAAGAAGUGGGAUGGGGAAGUCUGUAAGCCUCAGUGCAUGUGUGCACCUACAUGCCCAGCUUUCUGGAGCCUGUUCUGUAUUCUUUAAGACCACAGUUUCCAUUUUCACUUGGUUUUGCCCUAUGUGUCUGCUUUCCACCCAUGCAGCUGUAAAAUGGGGACCAAAUUAGACUUUGGGAAAUCAGAAUUGGUGCUGCUUCUCUCACUCUUGUGUGCCUUCGAGGCCAGAGGAAGAGUUGUGCCUUCACUACACUAGUCUGGCUGGCUGGGAAUGGCUCAGGUCAGGCUCUAACCCUCCCUCUUCCCUCCCACCGUUUUGGAGCAUUAUCGUGUUCUCCAUUGUAUCUUUCCAUUUCACGCUGGGAUGAAUGACAGGAAAACCCAGUCAUCGUUCUGGCUCAACCCAAGCUCCGAAUGUGUGACUCAGUGCUACAACUGUUGCCAGUCACCGAUGAAGCAUCAGGCAGCUUUCUUUCCUCUUCCAACCUCAUACACACACACCCCCCAGGAGGGCCUCCAAUCACAGUGGAGACAUCAAAAGUUUGUGUCUCUCAUGAAAGGCUAAGGUUGAAAGCUUGAGUGAGUCAGUUCAAACAUCCGCUGCGCCUGCCUCUGCAGCUGGCUUACUGGGUGCAGGCAGUGCAGUUCAGAAUCAUAAAAUCAUACGGCUCAAAGGCAGCCAAAGAUAAUCUUCACUGCAUGUCUCCACUCCCCCCUCCUCCAUGGAUUAACCCACUUUUCCCUGGUUUUUGCGUGGCAAGCAAAGAGCCAGAGAGCAUGCAAGGUACUCAUGCCAGAACUGCCUCUUGAAUCAAGUAACAUGAGACAAUCUAGGUGGUUCUAGUAAGCAAGCUUGCAGCUUAUUGCAGUAGCAAAUUGGCAAAAUCACUAGCCAGUCUGAGCAAAGAGGGUGUGUUGUGUGAUAGGUCCCCCCCCCCCCGAUCUCCUGUUAGGUCUCAGUGUGCAGCAAAAUGAGGUGUGGAGAUAAGGUGCAAGAGUUUUGAAAUGAUAGAAUGGUCGGUGUCAUUUCAGACAGCAGAUGUGGGGGAGGAUUGUCGCAGGUUGAAUGCUUCCCUAUGGGGAAAAAUAAAUCUCCAUGCAUAUAGAAAACUAGCACCUUGGAGGCUAGGAGAUAACUUUUCUCUCUAAUGUGCUUUUUAAAAAAGUAUUUGCAUGGAAUAUUUACAAGCUUAGAUGUGUAGGGGAUUAAAAUGAUCUCCGCCACCUUCACUGUGAAGUGGCCCAAUGCGCUCUUACCACCGCAUUCUGCUGCACGUGUAGACUAGGUCUUAGACCUCCAGUGUGAAGCUGUAGGCCUCCCCAAAGUUCUGUCAGAAGUUUAUUCCGGAUUAAGUAUUGAUGCUUUGGCCUUGUGUUCACUCCUGUAGGUCAGGUUAAGGAAAGAAAAGGGCAGCAGUUGACAUUUCCAGACUUAAAUCAAUCUUUCUGUGCCCUGUUCCUGAUUGGCAUUGGGCCCUUACAAUGACUGCUCUGUUUUACAGAAAUCAGCACCUUACAGCCAAGAGCGACACUCUCUGUACAGGUUAAUGGGUCAUGAUGUGUCAUCAGAACCCAGUUUAAGGACAUUACGUCGGUCAUGGUAGGCAGGUGGCUAUGUCAUUUUGGGCAGUCAAAUUUUAUUAGCAUUGACAGAGACUUCCUGCCCCAGUAAAGAGUGACUCAGUUGGAAGAAUUAGGAACAGAGGUGUAAAAAGUUUCUGGGAGUGAUGCCAUUGCAGCGGGUUAGAUGUUGCAUGCCCCCAAGUGUGCCUUUCCCCAUUACAGAGGGGGAUGGGGCAAUGGCAUGCACUAGCUAUGACUUAGGGUUGCUUGUUAGUAAGGAUCUGCAUCUGCCCUGGCCUCAUCUUGUCGAGACAUCAGUCUUACAUGGAAAAUGUAGAUGUAAUGCAGGACUUGUGUGCUUAAGAAGCUUUAAUCUGCUCCCGUGGGAUUGAUUCAUCCCCAUAUUCCUGCAAUAGCUCUAGAGGUACAGUGUGUAGAGCCUGUUUCUCAGACCAGAGUGACAUCUAGUGGUUCAGGAUAAUGUUACUGUCCUCUGUCAGUGAGCUCAAUUUAUUGAUGCUUGGCUUUGAGCCAUACAAUUAUUUCACUGUAGGCUGCUUUGCAGGUAGAGAUACACCUAUUAAUUUUGUGUUACCAGUAAAUAUUGCCCACUGCUGGGGCACACUGGCCUUUCUGUUGGCCUUUGUGUUGUGUAUGUGACUGCUUCAGGAGGUACCCUGGCAUGGGGGCAGAGGUCUCUGUCUUGUUUCUUUAUUUUCUACUGCCUGUUCUGGGUAGGACACCAGUUUCAUAAAGGGUUAUGCCUUUAGACCCACACUUGCCUGCAGAGAUUGCUGUUGCCUAAGCAUACAGGAUGCGGAACUGCUAUGAGGUACUUACCUGAAACCACCCCUGUUGGCGACAAAUUGGAAUGUUAAAGAAACUCCAAAAUUUCUAGGCCAGAAAAAUUGACCACAUAAAUUCUGGUUUGUGUUCAGUCCCAGAUUGAGCAAAGAUCUGGCUUGUGCUUUUGUCUCUCCUGUUCUGGGUUCCUGCCACUGAGUCCCUACCAAGCUGGUUCAUUCACUAUGUGUAUUUGCUUUUUUUAAAAAAAUAGUAAGAUGGCAACA